AUGAGUAUUUUAUGUAUUAUUUUACCAACACGUAGUGAUCACAUUUUGGUCCUGCAUUGGUUUUAUUUGGAUGUUUAA